AUGUCAAGCUACGAUAGCGGCAGCCAAUCGUACGCACCGCCAGGCUCGUCCGGCGGCAGGCACGGCUACUCAGCGCCGUCUUUCGGGACCAACGGCAGAUCUGGAGCAGCCCAGGCUCACACACCAUCGUACCAUCAACAACAGCUCCCACCGUUGUCCUCCCUAUCUGCAGCAGGCGCGCAGCAUAUCCAUACCUACUCCCACGCACCCCUCUCGCCAAGGUCAGCGCACUAUCAACAGCAGUACCAGUACCAGAACACGAGGCACUCGCCUUCUGUCUCAUCCUCUGCUUCAUCUUCAAGCAAGUCAGUCUCUGAGUUGUUGCAACAGCAGCAGCAGCAACAACAGAGAUUGCCGCCUAUAGGUCAAUUGACCGGUCGAUCUCCUUCUGGGUCAUCACCUUCUGCGGCCGGAUACUUUCAUCCAGGCGAUCGCUCUUUCGAGGGCCAGAUGAAUGCACCCUUACCACCCAUGUCGCCUGCCGCUAUGCUAUCAAGACCAGCGACGAAUCCACCUCGGUCGAGAUCAGUGUCGUACAGAGCUGGCAUACCUGACGAUCGAUCGCCUCAGCAAACCGGCUUCAGCAGCGGCCAAUCACCGCUCGGUAGAUCCGAGACGCGCGGUAGGGCGUUUGCGGGAAAAGCAGACGAGGAAGAGGCGAGAGACGAUCUGGACGAGACGCCAGCGUCUGUUGCGCCUCCCAGCAGGGUUGCAGCAGGGCCCAGCGAAUUCGUGAAGAAGCUGUUCAAGAUGCUAGAAGAGGGCCAGUAUCACGAAGUCGUCUCGUGGAGCUCGACCGGCGACAGCUUCCUUGUCAAGGACAUGAACUCAUUCACGACCAAUAUUUUGCCGCGCCAUUUCAAGCACUCGAAUUUUGCUUCAUUUGUGCGGCAACUGAACAAGUAUGACUUCCACAAAGUCAAGUCUGUCGAGGGCGAGGCUAGUCUAUAUGGCGAUCACACAUGGGAAUUUCGUCAUCCAGACUUUCGAGCUAAUGCCAAGCACGCGUUGGAUCGGAUCAAGCGAAAGGGUCCUCAAGGAAGCAAAGCGAGCGCAGCUGCCACGAAUGCAAAUGGACCGUCGGGCGCCCUCAACUCGGGCAAAGCAUCGCCUGCGCCAACGCCCGUCACGCCUAAUGUGAACACUGAUCUGGAGAAUCUCAUCACGGGCGGGUCGACGGAAGCUGCCAUGCUCGCUAUGAAGGCACAGCUAGAUCAGCUUAUAUUCGGCCAGGGGUUGGCCAACGAGAAGAUCAACGAUCUCACCAGGGAGCAUCAGGCGGUCAUCUCUGAGCUCGUCACCUUUCAGAAAAACCUAGUGGCUCAAGACGCGCUUAUGCAGAACCUGCUCCAGUACCUCGUGACCAUGGAGUCGGAUAAAGCGCAAGCGAGCGCAGCCGCAGAAGGGGUAGCACCGAGGCCAUACACGCCAUCUGACCAGACUCAGAGGCUUAUCUCAUCGUAUAACGAAGUCGCUCGGGCAUCUUUCGAUCAGAUGCAAGAGAUCACUCGGAGAGCUUCCCUCUUUUCCCAGAAUCUGCCAGAAGCAGCUCGACACCCCCAUCCUCCCAUGAACGGCAGCUACGCAUCCCAGCCCCCUGUUGAUCCACAUGUUGAUCCGGAGGCGGGCAAGCCCGCCGUACGGGUCGUCACUCUCGGGCAACUCAGGCCUCGCGACGGCACCGAUGAAUAUACCGCCCAAGACAGCCAACAGAUACCCAAUCUGACCAAUCCCUUCUCCAGUGAUCCUCAGAAGAGCAUGGAAGAGCCUUCUGCAUCCGGCGAACGCCGAGGGUCGACGCUACGGAUUCGCAGAGGCACAUAUAUUCCAGGCUGGUCUGUACCGCCCAAGGUCCUACUCGUCGAAGACGACGCAGUCAGUCGGCGACUAUCGAGCAAGUUCUUGCAAGUCUUUGGCUGUACGAUCGAUGUGGCCGUCGAUGGUGUUGCGGCUGUCAAUAAGAUGAACAUGGACAAGUACGAUCUGGUGCUGAUGGAUAUCGUCAUGCCCAAUCUGGAUGGCGUAUCAGCCGCUUCACUCAUUCGCCAGUUCGAUUCUCUCACACCCAUCAUCAGCAUGACAAGCAAUUCAAAUCCCAACGAAAUCUUGAACUAUUUCUCACAUGGCAUGAACGAUAUUCUGCCGAAGCCAUUCACCAAAGAGGGCCUGCUUGGCAUGCUCGAGAAACAUCUCAUCCAUCUCAAGCAGAUGCAGCAGCUCGCAGAUAUACCUAGGGGCAUCUCAGUCGGAGAGGCUCAGAUACCCAACGGGCUGGUCUCGUUGACUGGCUCGGGCGAUGACAAGAACAACCCUUUUGCGACGAUGGGGAUUGGCGAGUCCGAGUAUCUUGCAAUGUUACAAGGCCUCGUCAACGUAGACAGCCCGAAUCCGUCGCCAUCUCAUAAACGACACGCAUCCGAUUUACCAACAUCAGACGACGCCAAGCGGGGUCGUUUCCAGGAAAUCGAGACGAAUUAA